CUUUUAAGACUUUUAAAUUGAUAUACGCAUUGGGAUUAUUCGAAAAUAAAUGUCGAAAGAUAAACACUUCCACACGAGGUCUUUCGCAGUGAUACGAGUAGUCAGUUGAUCUUAUAAUACCGAUCCUCAAGAGGACUAUUUGUCGUCAGCGUAUGACGCCGGCCACGCCACUUCAUUCACGUUCAUUACGAACAUCCUGUACGUCAGAUCGCGAAACUGAGUAAUCGACGGGAUCGCAUCCAGUGUAAAGAAAUUCAAGUAUCGCUGAUAAAUCGCUCCUUCUCCUAUCUCUUCAUCUUCUAUAGUCUUCAAUGGCAUAUCGUGACCGCGAACGCACCGACAGACGAGGCGGUGGUGCACGUGGAGGCGGUCGAUUCGGUGGACGUGAUGGCGGCGGAGGAGGCGGAGGCGGCGGCAGUAGAUUCGGCGGCAGCAGUGGAAGCAGAGAUAAUGGUUUCGGCAAUAGCAGCUUCAAGAAUCGUCAACCUGGUGAACGUCUUCGCAAGCCACGAUGGGAUAUGAGCACGUUGCAGCCGUUCAGGAAAGAUUUUUAUCAGCCACAUCCGAAUGUAAUGACAAGGAGUCUCCACACGGUAGAGGCUUACCGCGUUAAUAAAGAGAUUACGGUGAAGGGGACUAACGUUCCAGGUCCUAAUAUUUAUUUCGAAGAAGGUGGUUUCCCGGACUAUGUUCUCAAUGAAAUACGCAGGCAGGGCUUCGGUGAACCGACUGCAAUUCAAGCGCAAGGUUGGCCUAUUGCUUUGUCCGGUCGCGAUAUGGUCGGUAUAGCGCAGACAGGCUCGGGAAAGACAUUGGCGUAUAUAUUGCCUGCGAUCGUACACAUUAAUCAUCAACCUCGAUUGAGCAGAAACGACGGACCGAUUGCCUUGAUUCUUGCGCCAACCCGAGAAUUGGCGCAACAAAUUCAGCAAGUGGCAUCGGACUUUGGCAUGUCUUCGCAAGUGCGAAACACGUGUAUCUUUGGCGGUGCACCCAAAGGACCACAGGCACGUGAUCUCGAACGUGGAGUGGAAAUUUGCAUCGCUACACCAGGACGUUUGAUAGACUUUUUGGAACGUGGCACUACAAAUUUACGUAGGUGUACGUAUCUAGUUCUGGACGAAGCUGAUAGGAUGCUUGACAUGGGUUUUGAGCCACAAAUUAGGAAAAUUGUAGAACAAAUACGACCCGAUCGUCAAACACUUAUGUGGUCCGCCACAUGGCCAAAAGAAGUGCGUAAUCUUGCGGAAGAAUUUUUGACGGACUACAUACAAAUCAACAUUGGUUCCCUGCAACUGGCUGCCAAUCACAACAUCCUCCAGAUCGUAGACGUGUGUGAAGAAUACGAGAAAGAGAGUAAACUUAUGAAACUACUGGAGGAGAUUUCCAACGAACCGGAAAAUAAGACUAUAAUAUUUGUGGAGACUAAGAGGAAAGUGGAUGAUAUAACAAGAGCUAUUAAUAGAUACGGGUGGCAAGCGAUUGGCAUCCAUGGAGACAAAAGCCAACAAGAGAGAGACUAUGUACUAAACCAGUUCCGGAAUAGCAGAUCAGCGAUCCUAGUGGCUACUGACGUGGCGGCAAGAGGUCUAGAUGUCGAGGAUGUCAAAUUUGUGAUUAACUUGGACUAUCCGUCCAACUCUGAGGACUAUGUACAUCGUAUCGGACGUACGGGCCGCUCGCAACGUACGGGAACAGCGUAUGCCUUUUUCACGCCCGGCAAUGCGCACAAGGCUAGUGACUUAAUUCAAGUUCUCGAAGAGGCUAAGCAAGUUGUCAAUCCGAAACUAUACGAGCUGUCGAGGAAUCCCGGUAUUUAUAAGAGAGGCCGAUAUGGAGGUCGCAGCGGAGGUGGCGGACGAGGAUCCAGCAGUCGUGGUGGUAGUUCACGUGGAUCCCGUGGUGGCCGCGAUGCACCAGAUAGAAGCAGAUUCGAUCGUUCUGGUGGAGGAAGUGAUCGAAGCAAAUGGGGUGGGAGUAGCAGUGGUGGAAUAACCGGUGGAGGAUACGGCGGAAAAUCCUUCCCCCAAAAUAAUUUUGGAAGUGGAUCUGGUGGUGGGUCGAGUAGCUACAACCAAAACAGCGGCGGAUAUGGAAGUAGCGGUGGCAGUUACAGGCAACAAAACGGCUAUUGACUUCGCGAUCUUAAGUGUGGACAUUAGAUCUGUUUAUUUCAGCACCAUCUUCUGCACUCAAUUCUUUCAUUGUUUUCUUUUUUCUUUUUUAAUUUAAUUAAGAUUUUACGUUCUAUUUGGAGUGCGAAAGUGAAAAAUGUUAGAUGUGAUUGAUAGUAUCCUGCAGGAACGGGGAAUGAGAAAAGGAGAUCCGUGAGAGAUGUCCAUGAUAGUUGUUCAUUGUUUUCCGUCUUUUAGCAUGAUCGUGUUCAAGUGUAGGAAAGAAAUUGCACAUUUGAUCGCGUUGUGUCAUUUACAUUCUCAAGAACAUUAGCUUUCUUUCAUCUUUUUCCAAUAAGCGUAAGGACUGUACUAGUUAGAAUAAUUGCAAAUAAUUGCACGUAUUAAAUUUAGACGAGCUUUCAACGAUGUAAUAGUAUUACAGUGGAAUAAAGCGUAAGAACCAAGCGGGAGAAGACCGAAACAGCGCGUUUUUCUUUGCGUUUCUUCCCUGUUUUGAUCUUCCUUCAGCGUCAAGUAUGUAUCUCGCGUCUUUACUUUAAAUUUUAAGAGUGAAUUGUAACUUGUGUAAUUGUUUAAGUUCUAAUGAACAAUAGGAAAAAGGCUAUUUUUUAAAUAAGUAAUUUUGACACUCAUAUGAAUCUUUCUGUUAUAACCGUGUUCUCUCCGUGUUAAACUUAUAAACGUUUAAUAGGCUGAACAUUGCAACAAGCGAUCACUCGUCCGUACGAGUUCGUCUACAUGAUAUUUGUAGAUAUUAUUCGUAAUGAAAGUGUUAAGAAUUUACUCUACGAAUCACAGCGAAGUAAAAAUGUCAAUAUAAAUAUUGACCGAGAUACUCUCGUCGGCCACUGAUUAUUAAAAGUAGUAAAUUGAG